UGUGGCACUCAGAGUAGGAGGCGGUUGUGAAGGGGCUGUUUCUCUGGCCAGUGGCGACAUGAGAGGCCGCCGAAAGCGCAAGUCUCGAGAUGGGUCCGGGUCACAGCAUAAAAAAUCAAAAUACACUAAGAAGAAAGGAGUUAGCCGGGCAGAUGUCUCAGAUGAUCUUCGACAAGAAGUGGAAAAUCUCUAUAAGCUCUCAAUGCCUGAAGAUUUCUAUCACUUUUGGAAAUUCUGCGAAGAACUUAAUCCUGAAAAACCGGCUGAUGCACUCUUAAGCUACGGGCUCCAACUUGUUGGUCCUUUUGAUAUUCUUUCUGGAAAACACAAAGUGGAAAACAAAGCAACAGACCUAAAUUUCAACCUUCACUGGAGGUUUUUUUAUGAUCCUCCUGAGUUCCAGACCAUCAUUAAUGGAGAUGACAAAACUCAAUAUCACAUGGGGUAUUACAGGGAUUCACCUGAUGAACUUCCUGAAUACGUUGGCGUAAAUGAGGCAAAGAUAAGUUGUACAAUUGUUCAAAAUGGAGAAAAUGUAUUUGCUGCAGUCAAAUUAUUUUUGAUGAAAAAAAUUCAAGAGGAAACAGAUGAAAAGAAAACUGAACUACAAAAUCUAGUUAGAAAGUUAACAGAAGCAGCCAAAAAGUUGGGUUUUGCCUUGGAACAGAAAACUGGGAAGAUGAAGCAGAGAGAUAAAAAAGUAGUGACAAAGACCUUUCACACUGCAGGCUUGGUUGUCCCUAUAGACAAAAAUGAUGUUGGAUACAGAGAUCUCCCCGAAACGGAUGCUAAUCUUAAGAUAAUUUGCAAAAUGAUUGUUGAGGCUUCAAGUGAUGAGCAGAGAUUGAAAGCAUUUGCCCCCAUUCAGGAAAUGGUGACUUUUGUUCAGUUUGCUAAUGAUGAGUGCGACUAUGGAAUGGGACUUGAGCUAGGAAUUGACCUUUUUUGCUUUGGCUCACAGUAUUUUCACAAAGUUAUUGGUCAGCUUCUACCUCUUGCCUAUAAGCUGUUGAAGAGGAAUCUGUUUGCAGAGAUCAUUGAAGCCCAUCUGGCCAAAAGAAGCAAAGAAAAUGUGGAUCUGCUGGCAACAUGAAUGGGAAGUGGUAUAAAAGCACUGUUUGUUGUAAAAUGUUAAGUAGACCAACUUGCACCAUGAAUGGGAGAUGUUGUUACAAAGCAAGUGUUUUAAGAUGUUAAAUGUUUGACAGUGUUUGGAGCA